AUGAGGUCCAUUAAUACCUUAAUUAGGGUGAUGCUGCUGUCAGAAGCAUUAAUUUAUGCGAGCACGGAAGGUAGUAAAGAAGAGAAUAGUCCCUCAAUAACGUCUCAACAACAGGAUACUUCUGGUGGAGAGGAAGAAAAUGAAGAGAGGAGAGGAUCGGGAGGAGGAGAAGAAGCCCCAGUAACAGCUCAACCACAGGGUGCUUCUGGUGGAGAAGAAGAAGCAGAUGGUGGCAGGGUUGUAGUGGAAUAUUGUAGUACCCGUACCCAAAAUGAAAGUGGAGAAACGGUAGAAACACGUUGUGGAUGUGCUGGUGACUGUGAUAACUGCUGUCCGGAAGGGAUGAUCUCGUGUCUACAUUCGUUAGGUUUACUAUAA